AUGGAAGUACAAACAAUUAGCAAAGACAAUGACGAGUUGCCAAUUAUAAGAGAGUUGUAUAAGGUCAUCACCCUGUCAUUGCGAUCUCAGAAAAUAAUCCAAAUAGCCCAGAUACCUCAAAAUGGAAACUCUCAGAGUAAUAUUGUCACAUACGAUGACGAAGAUAAUGACACAUUAGAGAUUGGCAUCUCAAAACCAACGUAUUUAGCUAUGUUCAAACAGUCACAUGAUUAUUGGUAUAAAUAUAUGGAAAUAAACAAAUGUACAUUAGAGAAACUUGAAAUAGCAACUUUGAGUGAGCUUUAUUUGAUGACAUUGGGAUAUUUGAUAACGGCGAAUGAUCACAACAGUAUAAUGAACUUGCACGAACAGAUUGUAAAGAUACUAGGAAAUUUUGAGACUGACAUUGAAAUUGUUAGCUGCUUUCUAACAAGCAGGUUGAAGCGAAUCAAUAAGAGCAGUUUACUAUGGCAUUGGAUGAAAAAAAUGACGAUUUUGGUAGUAUUCAAUAAACUAGAAGGAAAGCAAGGUGGCCAAGGUCUUUUAUUGGGCAACCAGUUGUACAAUAAGAUUAUUUCGAGGGCAUUCAAAAGCUGUGAACUUCAUUUCAUGAACUAUUAUGCCAACAACUUUAUACAUUGGAUUAUGCAAUGCACUAUGGUCGUGCUAGGUGUCGAUGAUGGUGGUUAUUUAUUCCACCAGUUGCAGAAACACUGUCACGAAGCUCCACUGGAUAGUUCAUUGUGGACAAAUAUGAAGAAUUACAUAAAGUGCAUGCAAGGGUCCAUACAAGCUGAUAAUCAAAUUAUCAAAGAGUAUAACCAAAUCAACAUGAACUAUGAUGCAACAUUGCAAAACCAUUCCCCGAGUCCAUUAAUUUUAACGAAAGAAAGUGACGAAGAUAUAAUGGUCAAUGAAUUUCAAUGGCUAGUGAAAGUUCAGUGCAAGAAUGUGAUCCCCUUUUCUGUUUUAAUUGAAGCGGCACAGACAAAGAGAGUUCUAAAGAAAUUAAAAGAGCUUAUCCACUUGCAUGAAUUCAAUAAAAAUCUUGCAAAGAUUGAAUCUUUGAUUGAAUUACGUAGUCGUACGAUAGAAUAA